GUUUUUGAGAGAGAGAGAGAGCGCAGAGGAGGGUCAGAGAGAGCAAGAUGCAGGAUCCGAAGCUCGCUCCUUGCAGACAGUGGAGAGCCCGACGCAGGGCUCAAACUCACGAACCGUGAGAUCAUGACCUGAGCUGAAGUCGGACACUUAGUGGACUCAGCCACUCAGGCACCUCGGCCUUUCAUUUUCAUUAGAAAAUGACCCUGAAACAGUAAUUUUAUAAAAUUGAAGUCGGUGCAACGUGUUGUUUCUUUCUAGAUGUCAGAAUCAAGUGUAUUAUCGAAGGUUCCGUUUUGCCCACUGAUAAAAUGAAAUGUCGCAGCAGUAACCGUUAACUGGCAUAUGAGUCUUUUGUUUAGGAGAAGGAAAGUUGUUUUUGUUGUUGUUGUUGUUUUUUGUUGUUUUUUGUUUUUGUUUUGUUUUAAGUACAAUCUACCCCUCAAUGUGGAACUCGACCCCAGACCCCAAGAUCAAGAGUCACAUGCCAGCCAGGCACACCGAGAGGGAAAGGUUUUUAUCUUGAAAACUAGUUGUCUUUGGAAUAUGUUUACAAUGGGUAGGAAGAAUGUAGUUUUAGGAACCCUGGAAUAAGACAAGAGAAUUUUACAGGGAAGUGCUAGGUACUUUACAUCUGUGGUAAUGAAACAAUUUAAGAAGAGACAAAAAUUACAGAAGGCUUGAGUUUUGAGUGAAAGGAUUUGUGUGGUACAGAUAAAUGGCUUCAAAUGGGAUGAUGUGGGAUGAAAAAGUUACUUGUGUCAAACAUUGAGGUGCUAAAUUACAACACACACAAUACUGUCAAAAUAAUUGAACUCAGCUAUGCAUUCAUUACUCUUCCACUCUACCUUUUUCUGUUUUAGUACACACCAUCUUUUUACUUUGCAAAUGUAAAAACUGAAGUCUGAAGAGUGAAGUAAUUGCCCAUCUAAUGUCCUUCUCAUUUGAGAAUAGUAAUAGUGUAACCACUAUUACUAAUAGGUGGGUUUUUUUUUCCCCCAUUCAGGAUUUCUACUUCUAAGCUUAAGGUGCCAGAGAUAUAGCCGUGGACUGAAGACAGAUGAGGCCGUUCUUUUGUGGAGCUUACAGCUGAACAACACACACGUAAACCGUUAAACCAGAUAAUUUGAUUGGGAACAAUGCUAUGAAAGGAAGAAGCAGAGACAGAGGGGAGACAGAAAGAAGAAAUGAUGUAAAUAAUUCACUGUCCAAACUUUGAGGUCAGAGGUGAGAAGGAAGGUCAGGAAGACUAUGGCCUGGCCAAAUAUUUUUCAGAGAGGAACUCUGUUCUCCCGAUUCAGCCAUCAUCACGUUGUUGUGUUCUUGCUCACCUUCUUCAGUUAUUCGUUGCUCCACGCAUCAAGAAAAACUUUUAGCAAUGUCAAAGUCAGUAUCUCUAAGCAGUGGACCCCAAGUGCUUUUAACAAGUCCAUUAGAUUGCCUGUAGAGAUCUGGAGCAGCAACCAUUUGUUCCCCAGCGCAGAGGAGGCCACUCUUUUCCUUGGAACGCUGGACACCAUUUUCCUCUUCUCUUAUGCUGUGGGCCUUUUCAUCAGUGGAAUUGUUGGAGAUCGGCUUAAUUUACGAUGGGUUCUGUCGUUUGGCAUGUGUUCUUCUGCACUAGUGGUGUUCGUCUUUGGCCCUGUCACGGAAUGGCUGCAUUUCUACAACAAGGGCCUCUACUGCUGUCUGUGGAUUGGGAAUGGCCUGCUGCAGUCUACCGGUUGGCCCUGUGUGGUUGCGGUUAUGGGCAACUGGUUUGGGAAAGCGGGACGAGGAGUUGUUUUUGGUCUCUGGAGUGCCUGUGCAUCAGUGGGCAAUAUUUUGGGAGCAUGCCUAGCUUCUUCUGUUCUGCAAUAUGGUUAUGAGUAUGCCUUUCUGGUGACCGCGGCGGUGCAGUUUGCUGGUGGGAUCAUCAUCUUCUUUGGACUCCUGGUGUCACCAGAAGAAAUUGGUAUCCCAGGUAUUGAGGCAGAAGAAAAUUUUGAAGAAGACUCACACAGGCCAUUAAUUAAUGGUGCCGAAAACGAAGAUGAAUACGAACCUAAUUAUUCCAUUCAAGAAGGCAGCACUACUACCCAAGUCAAGGCAAUCAGCUUUUAUCAGGCCUGUUGUCUUCCUGGAGUUAUACCGUAUUCACUGGCCUAUGCCUGCUUGAAGUUGGUAAAUUACUCCUUCUUCUUCUGGUUGCCCUUUUAUCUGAGUAACAACUUUGGAUGGAAGGAGGCUGAAGCUGACAAGCUGUCCAUUUGGUACGAUGUUGGAGGAAUUAUAGGUGGAACUUUGCAAGGUUUCGUCUCUGACGUAUUACAGAAGAGAGCCCCGGUUUUAGCUCUGAGUCUGCUUCUGGCAGUUGGGUCCCUCGUUGGAUAUAGCCGUUCUCCAAACGAUAAGUCCAUUAACGCACUUCUGAUGGCGGUUACAGGAUUUUUUAUUGGUGGACCUUCUAAUAUGAUUAGCUCUGCUAUUUCUGCGGACCUGGGUCACCAAGAGCUGAUCCAAGGGAGCAGUGAGGCUUUGGCGACCGUCACAGGAAUUGUUGAUGGAACCGGAAGCAUUGGAGCAGCGGUAGGCCAGUAUUUAGUGUCUUUGAUCCAGGACAACCUGGGAUGGAUGUGGGUGUUCUACUUUUUCAUUCUCAUGGUCCAGACACGGCCCUCCAGCCUCGUCCAAGGAGCCUGGAGUUCUCUGGAGCUGCCUCAAGGCUGCGUAGUCUGCUGUCACAAAGGACGCUUCUCCUGCCUAACUGCCUUCUAGCUUCUGAAGACUGGACUGUGUGUCCCUGUGUUCCACUUCUGACAUCUGUGCUAAAUAGAGGGAGAUAUCUCCUUAUGAACCUGUCGUGUGAUCACACAAGAAAUUGUACUAGAAAGAAAACUGGAUCCAUUAUAAGAAACACGUUUUAAAGUGAGCUCCAGGGGCGCCUGGCUGGCUCUGUCAGUAGAUCAUGCGACUCUUGAUCUUGGGGUCAUGAGUUCAAGCCCCACAUUGGGUUCAGAGAUUACUUACUUACUUAAAGAAAAUUAAAAAAAUAAAAAGAAAGUGAGCUCUAGUAUCAAUUUUUUGCUCUGCCUAUGGCAAAUCAUUUAAUUUGUGUACAUUAGUUCUUUUUCUGGAGACUGUGUAACAUUAAAUUUUAAAAAAAUAUAUUAACUGUGAUUUUUGGAAUCAUUUUUUUAAUUCAUUAAAGAUCAAGUCAUCUUUGCACGAAGUCAUAAUGAAUGUAAUUGUCCAAAUUCAUUAUUCCGUUCAAAACAUGGUGCUCUAACAGAAUUUGUUAAAUUGUCACUGCAUAUUUAAUUGCUUUUUUC